GCUGUUUAUAAGCAGGCUGGAAGGAAAGCGAGGGAUCUCAUCUAUAUCUCAACUACCUGAGAACUCACAGCGAAGAUCCUGAGAGUCUGUUGGCCCAUUGCCAUGGAGAUGAAAGAUGGUAAUCCCGGUCUUGGUUAUGGGAACCCAGAGUUUCAAAAUGCAGCUUAUCCAGGAUAUCCCCCCCAACAAAAUCCUUAUGGAUAUCCACCUCCUGGGCCUUACCAAUUUCAGCCUGGCCAAGCUAUGCCAACUCAGCCUGGUGUUCCUGGAGCUGCCUGGAUGCCAAUACCUGCUGCCAACCCUAACUGCCCACCAGGACUGGAAUAUCUAAGCCAGAUUGACCAGAUACUGGUUCAUCAACAAGUUGAGCUGCUCGAAGUUCUGACUGGAUUUGAAACAAACAACAAAUAUGAGAUAAAAAACAGCCUGGGCCAAAGAGUCUACUUUGCUGCGGAAGAAAAUGAUUGCUGCACUCGGAACUACUGUGGGCCAAGCCGACCCUUUGCCAUGACAAUUGUUGAUAACACGGGUCGGGAGGUUAUGAAAUUGCACAGGCCGUUAAGAUGUUCAGCAUGUUGUUUCCCCUGUUGCCUACAAAAACUUGAAGUGCAGGCUCCUCCUGGGACAGUUGUUGGUUAUGUUGUCCAGAACUGGCAUCCUUGUCUGCCUAAAUUUACUAUUCAGGAUGAGAGAGAACAAGGCGUUCUCAAAAUCAGUGGGCCUUGUAUCCCUUGUAGAUGUUGCACCGAUGUUAACUUUGAGGUCAUGUCAGUGGAUGAGAGCUCAGUGGUUGGAAGGAUCUCCAAACAGUGGGCUGGUAGUGUGAAAGAAAUAUUCACCGAUACUGACAACUUUGGAAUCCAGUUCCCAAUGGACCUUGAUAUAAAAACAAAAGCUGUCCUGCUUGGUGCCUGUUUCCUUAUUGAUUUCAUGUUUUUUGAAACAAAAAAUUAGCUGAAAUGGAAGACUGGAAUGGAACACGCGUACAAAACAUUAUAGUAGUGACUGUCCUGAAGCGUUUCACUUCUGCUUAUUACCAGUUUAUUGUACCCUUCAGAUUUGGACAUAUGGAUGUGGUGCUUGUGUCUUUAAAAAUAAUGAAAGUGACCCUGGUUUUGAAUUUGUAAUUUGCUAAUCUUUUUAGGGUAAUGGUAAAAUGGGGAAUUCAUUUGGGCAAUAUAGCAGCUACAUUUUUUUUAGCAGGAACACAAUUCCAGAAAAUAACCUUUAUUGAAAGCUUUCAGUAAGCACUUUCCAAUGAUUCUCGUAGAGAUGAAACAUUUUAGUACUUUUGGAUACUAAGAAAACGCAGACUGACCAUCUGCUUGCUAUGGGAUAUUAAGUACACAUUGGUAAGAUUUAUCUGUAUAUAGCAAUUAAUGCCAAACACAUUUUAAUUUAUUGUUUAGUGGCUCCUCCCACAUUUUUGAAUAGUGCUGCAGUGGAUUGUGCCACGGAAAAUGCUCAGGCCAGUCAUACAUGCCCAUAUUUGUUCAAGCGGUAUAGAGCAUUUCUACCAUUCUGCCCAACUCUGUACUGUAUGUCUACGAGCUACGUGAGGCCAACAGUCAUUCAAGGUUUAAAGAAGUCCUGAUGAUUAUCUUAAUUGUUCUCCUAGUCUUUUUAUUUCAGUAAGGAAAUGUUUCCUGGUAUUAAUUUACAUGAAAUACCAAUCUACCUCUAAUAGAUAUAUUUCAGAAUUUUAUUUUGUAUAUAAUGAUAUAUUUCAGAAUUUUAUUUUGUAUAUAAUGUUAUUUCAUACACAAAUGGAGUUGUAAAUAUAAUUAAUUUUUUGUUUUUAUUUAAUUGCAUUGCACUUCCCUCUUUAUUUAAAACAUUUCUACCCACUAAAGCACUUUAUAAUUACUUUUGGGUGAUUCAGCUGGUGCUUGACAUCCUUGCUGACAUACAUUGGUCAUUACUGACAUCAGUUCCUCCCCCAGCGGAAUAAUUUUAUCAUGAACCAAUGAAUCUGCCUUUAUGUUUUUUGGAUGUGGGAGGAGCUGGGACCUAGGGAGGAUGUACAAACUGCUUGCAGAUAGUUUCCAGGUUGGAACCAAAUUUAGGACCCCAGUGCUACAAGGCAAAACUGCUAACUGCUGACCCAUAGCCCCACUGUGGUUUGCCAUGUGGAUGUGAAGUAAAGGCCAUAAAGCUCUGCCCUGCAGAGUUCUGCUACACAUAUGUGCUAAUAUACGUGAUGGGGGUUUGCAAGGAAGAUAUUUACAUUGAAUGUUGUUUUAUGAUGCCAAUGAUCAAACAAAAUCUACAUUGGUAUGUUAAUCUGUGGCAGUUUCUCUGUCAGGUGGGCACUUCAUGACUAUAUCUCAGACCAUGAUAAGAAUUUAACAUUGUCACCCAUUUCUACUACAACUGUAUUCUAUGUUUUAUCUCUAGGUUAUCAUUGUGUCCUCAAUGUACAAUUUAUUAUCUUUCUUAAAAAAAAAAUCCUGUAAUAAAAUUGAUUUCAUUAAA